GAAUUUGCCAAUUCAAUUUGGGAUUAAAAAAAGCAUGAUGGAUUUUACGCAGAUCAGACGGCCAAAUCCUAAACAUCUUCAAGCGUGGGCACCACCGAUUUGUUCCCACAUGUCCGAUUUUCCUUGCAGGACCACCAAAUUACUUCUCUACCCUCACCCACCCUUUCACUCCCAAUUUCCCAAACAUGCUCCUUCCUCCUUCCUUCAACCUAUUCCGUUUCAGCUCGACUCCAAACCUCACCUUCGGAUCCGAACCUCAUUUUUGUUGCUCUGUUCGUUGAAAUUUUCGCACUAUUUCGAUCAUUUUCUCUCUCUUUGAGCCAAAAAAAAAAAAAAAACCCCAUUUUUCUCUCUCAAAAUCUCAUUCGGAUUCAAACCCUAAGUUUUUUUUUUUUUAAAAUUUGCCACUCUUCAAGGAUCGAUUUUUCGAGCUCCAUUUCAAAGGCUUCUUUACGUCACUACUCUGUUUGGCUGCCGAGAAAAUGGAGGAUGCCGGGGGUCUUUUUUCGUGAGGAAUUGCAAAUUUUAAAUUGAGCCAAAGUUAUAGUAGUUCUUUUCUUCCUGCUCAUUGGAAGGUUAUAAGCAUUUUCAUGCAAAUCUUUUCGUUUUAAUCUUUAAUUUUGUUUCCUACAUUUCUCAUUGAUAGUGGACUUAUGUUUGUGCUUCAUAUGUGGUAGUUGCUUUGGUUGCUUCUUGAGUGUCUCUUUUCUUUUUGUGAUAUUUGGAGUUCGUUGAGCUUGAUAUGUCAGCCUUUGAUGGUUUUUUGUUUGUUUUUGUUAAUGGGAGUUAGCCUCUUCCUUUUCACUUGGUUUUGUUACUAGCUUUUUAUUGUCCGUACUUUUUAUUCUCGUGUGUGUGUGUGUGUGUGUAUAUAUAUAUAUCUGAAUUUUAUGUGAUUUAGUGAAUCGACCUUGAUUAAGUUUCACCGAUGUGAGGUUUCUGUUUAAUGUUGAUUAAUGAGGAUGCUACAUAAAUUGACAAGAAAACAAAGAAAAAUAGUGCCAAUAGAUUGCUCUAGUGAGAACAUAAGAAACUUUAAAUAUUAGGUUGUGGUCCAACAACUUGCCACUUAUGAAGAAUUCACUGUACGCUCCUGUUUGUAUGCUGUGGAAUCUUGUAUAGGGGCCGAAUGUGUUUAAGAACAAUUUAUAUCCAUUAUCUUUUCUCUUUAUUCUUCCUUGGUUGGGUUGAGAUAUUGUGUUAAGAAUGCAAGGGAUCCUGGCUUGACAAAAGUCUAAAUGGAACUAAAAACAUUUGUGACGUUUCUGGUUGACAUAGUAGUUAAGUGGAGGAGGAUGUCAAGCUUUAUGAGUUUAUGUUGUAUUAGAAUUUUAUAUUGAUUGCAAAAGGACUGAAGGUUCUAUAUGAAAAAGCUUGUGUGGUUAUUCACUUUGUUGUCUACUCUGUGGAUAAUGUGUGGUUAUUCACCUUCGCUGGGUGAGCUUUCUUUGCUGGGUUCUUCUUGCUUCAUACAGGAAUUACAUUUCCGUCUCUUUUUGUCUUAGUAAAUGGUUCACGAGAUCCUCAUUGUCCCUUUCCUUCUAUAACUCUGUGGUGAGGCCUAGACGGAAAUUGAUAGACUUUUGGCACAAAUAGACCUUGUUUUCUUGGUUGGUACCCAAAAUGUUGUAUUAUGGUGGGAGCUUAUGAUGCAGUGGUUCAUGGAAGCUCUUAUUGCUUGCACUUAAGCAUCGCUGUUCUAUCUAGAUACUUAGGUUCUUAGCUUGAGUUGUCUGGGAGUUGGAAGUUCAUAUUGCAAUUAAGAACGAGCUACCCUUCAAUAGCUAAUCAAUGUUUUAACUUUUGGUCCCUGUAUUUAAGAACUGGAUUCUCAUUUGUAAUCUGAUUAUCUCCAUACCCAUGGAGUUGUAAAUAUUAGAAAUAUUAGAAGUUCAUAUUGCAAUUAAGAACGAGCUACCCUUCAAUAGCUGAUCAAUGUUUUAGCUUUUGGUCCCUGUAUUUAAGAACUGGAUUCUCAUUUGUAAUCUGAUUAUCUCCGUACCCAUGGAGUUGUAAAUAUUAGAAAUAUUAGAAGUUCAUAUUGCAAUUAAGAACGAGCUACCCUUCAAUAGCUGAUCAAUGUUUUAGCUUUUGGUCCCUGUAUUUAAGAACUGGAUUCUCAUUUGUAAUCCGAUUAUCUCUGUACCCAUGGAGUUGUAAAUAUUAGAAAUUUUAAGAGUUAGCUGGGCAUAAAGUUAAUGCCUGCCUUGGAGAAAUUUCUUCUAACCAUAUAGAUGGGCUUCAAUGUCGAAAGCUUGGAGACUGAAAGUUUUCGGUUAAGGUUUCAUACCUAUCUAUUUUACAUCUAAAUUUGGGUGAUGCAAAAAUUUCAGAGGGGAUGUAAAUGCACCCUUUUCUUUGGGAAUCGUAAGAUGAGAAGUCAUAAUUUUUAUUUAUGGAAGAUGCUUGGGAUUUGGGAAUGAUCCAUGGAGUAGAAUUUGAAAAGAUAAUUGCUCAAAGAAGGAACCUUCUUAAACUACAUUAUCUGGAUGCAGUAUUCAGGGUUUAUGGUAUGAUACAAGAAAAUGGGAGAUAUUAUGUUUCUAUUGGAGGACGAACCUUUUAAACAACAUUAUUGUGAUGAAUUAUUGAUGAUCUAUAAGUUUCAAACAAGUGAAUGGAAGUUAUUGUAUUAUUGUUGUUGUUGUUGUUAUUAUGGCACCUCUUGUUUCUUGGGUUCUAGGUGAAGGAAAAAAUAUGUACUUCAAAAAUUGUUGUUUUGUUAGGAAAGGGAAAAAAUGAAUGUUAGUAAAAUAUGGCUUUAAGAAAUAUCAUGAUAUGUUGUACCCAAGAAGUUGUAUUGAAGCAUAUUAGGUUACUGGGUGAUGCCGUUUUUUCAUUUGUUUCUGGGUACCCCUUUUUUGACAUUUUUGUACUUGUCGCCAACCCUUCCUUAUACCAAAUGAAGAAAGGAAAAGUCAAACAAUUCUCAUUCUGGGAUAGUUGCUUUAACUUUGUUUCCAUGAAGGGAUGAUAUGUUGGAUUUUAUUCAUGCAGGAUAAGGUUGAGUUUUGAAAUGCAGCAACUGGGGUGAAUGUUUAAAUGUACAGAAGAGGUAGUAAUUUUCUUCUCACAAAAUUUAGUUGCUGAAUAUUUUGGCUUGGAUUAUCUAUGCCUGGCAACGAAGUUGGAGACAGAAUCCAUAAUUUCCUUGGCCAAGAGAGAUUGUCCCAGGGCCAGCAUCACACGCAGGUCAUUGAUGGUACCUGGCCUGGCUUAAAUAACAAUCUGUGGGUUGGAAGCCAGAGACAAGUUGGUAGUUCCCUUGUUCCCAGUUUGAAGAAUUUCAGUGUACAUCAGUUAGCUGAGCCUGACAGAGGACAUAGUAGUCUGUCUUCAAGCCUGCUGCAUGGCCUGAACUACACUCAAUCAGGUUUGAGGCCUGAAAUUGCCAGAAGUCAAUCACAAAACCAAUCACCAAUUGUAAAUGGCUAUAUGCAAGGGCAUCAGGCUGUCCAGACAAGGCAGAAUGAAACCAACUUUUUGGGAGUGGAUACAGCAUCUAGAGGCUUAUCAGCUCUCGAUGUGAUAGGGAAUGGCCCUGAUCUUCAUAAGGAAAAUUCAUUGAUGUUGGAAUCUACUGAAUCUCCAGUAAAUUAUGAUUUUUUUGGUGGGCAACAGCAAAUUAGUGGACAGCAUCCUGGCAUGAUCCAGCCUUUGCCAAGGCAGGAAGCAGGGAUGACUGACAUGCUGCUGUUACAGCAACAUGCCAUGCUUAAGCAAAUGCAAGAAUUACAGAGGCAACAACUUCCGAAGCCACAGUUUCAGUCACCAGAAGCAAGGCAAUUGAACUCCUCAAAUCAGGUUUCCUCUGUUGUAAAACAGGGAUCAGGUAGCCUUUCUCCAGCUUCAAUCAAAGGUGUGCCUGUCCAUGAUGCUUCAAAUUAUUCCUGGCAGCCUGAGCACACGACACCAAAUGCAAAUUGGUUGCAGCAUGGUGCCUGUCCAGCCAUGCAGGGAUCCUCUAGUGGAUUUAUGUUUUCCCCUGAGCAAGGUCAGGUGCGUUUGAUUGAUUUGGUUCCUCAACAGGUUGAUCAAUCAUUUUAUGGGAUCUCUACCAGUGGUGCAAGAGGAAAUCCAUAUGAAUAUUCAUCUGUACAAAUGGAUAGGCCUUCAAUGCAGCAGGUGGAAGCCAGCAGUAAUUCCUUUCCAGGUAAUCAGUAUGCUAUGUUUCCAGAUCAAGUUAUCUUGCAAGAUGGAUCUUUGGUUUCUAAACAGGGUGAUCAGGAUAAAAAUGUGUUUGGUGCUGCGGCUGGUCAAGGUUUAAAUAGUGGAUUUCAUUCAGAAAACUUGGAGCAAAUGAUUAUCCAACCAAAAAAUUCAGUGAUGCAGGAGUCUCGUGGGAGGCAAGGACUUCCUGGUCCAUCAGAAAUAUCCCUGGAGAAGUCAGUGAUUCAGGCAGCCCCCCCUCAGACUGUGGCUACACUAGAUCCAACUGAAGAAAAAAUUUUGUUUGGUUCAGAUGACAGUUUAUGGGAUAUCUUUGGAAGGAGUGCCAACAUGGGCUCAGUGUUGGAUGGUACAGACACUUUAGGGGCGUUUCCUUCACUGCAAAGUGGAAGUUGGAGUGCUCUUAUGCAGUCUGCUGUAGCAGAAACAUCUAGUAACAAUAUAGGGAUGCAGGAAGAGUGGAGUGGUUUAGGCAUGCAGAAUAGUGAACCUCCAAGUGGUAAAAUGCCAUCAUCAAUUGUCAAUGAUGGCAGCAAACAGAAAUCAGCUUGGGCUGACAACAACUUGCCGACUGCCUCGACACUGAACUCUAAACAUUUUCCCAUGUCUACCGAUGCCAAUAUCAAUCUUGACUUUUAUAGUGUUCCUGGCGUUCAGCAAUCAGGAGUCCAGACUGCAAAUGAACAGACCAGGAAAAUGCAUAAUGAUUCAUCUCAGAGAUUUGUUAAACAGUUAACGGAAGAAAGAAGCAAAUGGUUAGAUCCCAGUCCUAGACAAAAGCCUGUAGCUGAAAGUGCUCAACUCUUUGGAAAUGUUGCUCACUCUCCCGAUCUGCAAGUAAGUGCAAAGAGCAUUUCGGGUAACCAACAAUGUAUGACCAUGUAUAGUCCUCAUGGUCGGCCACACAAUAAACCAAAUGGUUGGAACUUCAUUGAUUCUGCAUCACAUAGUGGUGGUGCCAAAUCAAACAGUCAGGAUAUUGAAAGCUCCUUGCAGACUUCUCAGAAUAGUGAUCAGAAGGGUGCUGUGUAUGAGGGGAGAGGUCAUGGUUCUGGUCUUGAUCUACCUGUUCCUGAUACAAAUAUUGAAUCAGGGCACAUGAAUUCUGGUUUAGGUAGCCCACAGGUGAAUAGGCAAGGUUAUGAUCUGGAUAAUGUUGCAGAUUCGAGAACCACAAGGGUCACCAAUGAAAGUAGCCAGCAACUUCCAAACAGUCAUAAUCUUAAUCUCUGGAAAAGUAUUGAUUCUAAAGUUAACUCUGGACUACGCAGUGUUCCAGCAAAAUAUCAGCAAAAUCAGGACAAGAGCCCUCAAACUUUUGAUUCAUCUGGAAAUAAUUGCUUAAACAGGGGAGCAUCUGAAGCAAAUAUGUUGGAUAAUCCCAAUGUCAAAGAAACUUCUAAUGACAGUUUUCACUCUAACUUACUCCAACGGACUUCCACUGGUGGCAUGAGAGACAAUGUCUGGCUGGAUGCAAAUGAUUCACGAGGAGGAAAACAGAAGUCAUCGGCUCAUAUUAGUCGUAAACCUUCUGGGGCCCGUAAAUUUCAGUAUCAUCCUAUGGGCGAUUUUGAUGUGGAGGUUGAACCUUCUUAUGGAACUAAAAGUGUCACACAUUCACAGGCAACAUCCCAACAUGUUUCUCAAGGAUUGAAAGGUCAUGACCAAGGAUAUUUUGGGCAGUCAAAAUUUACUGGUCAUGCUACUGGGGAGUCUACAGAAGUUGAGAAGGGUCAUUUUCCUGGCCUUCAAGUAGACGCGGUACCUUCACAAAGCUCAAAUCCUGGUUCUGCACCUGACAGAUCUUUUGGUGGUUUUGUGCCGAACAAGACAGCUCCAACAAGUCAAAAUAUGCUGGAGCUUUUUCAAAAGGUCAAUCAGCCAAGGGAACAUGGUACUGCAACACACUUAAGCUCUUCUGAAUGCAAUCAAUCAUCUGAAAUGCCAGAUGCAGAAACUUCUGAUGGAUCAGUGGGCCAGUUUCAGCAUAAUAGGCCAAUUGCUUCCCAAGGUUUUGGUUUACAACUAGGUCCCCCAUCUCAAAGGUUUACCAUUCCAGAUCGUGCAAUUUCAUCACAGAGUUCCCCGCAAGGAGUUAGUUCUCUAAACUCAGUUCAUAUCUCUUCUGAGGUAGGAAGGAAGGGUCAUACAUGGUUGGGUCCAACUGCUUCUGUUCAGACUUCAACUCAUGGAGCAUCCCAUGGAGAUAUUAGGAAUAAUGUUUCAAGUGUCUCUGGUCAAACUAUCAAUAAAGCCUCACAAUAUAAUAUCCAGGGCAAUGUUUCUGCAGGUUUUACCUCAGAUUAUCCUUAUUUAAAAGGUCAUCUCCAAAGCCAGCAUGUUACUGGUGUGCAUAGUCAAGUAACACCAAAUGAAUCUGUCAGUGCACCUGUUGGUGGUUUGGCAUCUCAGUUGAAGCAGAUCAAUGACUCCUCUGAGAGAGCUCAACCUAGUCAAUUGGGAAGGAAAGCAGCACCUCGCAUGUCCAAAACUGCUCCAGAUAAUGACCUUGCUUCUUCAGAGGCUUCUUGGCCGAGUAGUAGCAACCUAAACCAUGCAAGGAAUCCUGGCCAGCAGUUUCCAGUGUUAGAGGCUAUGCCAGCUUCUGAACCUUCUACUACAUCUGAAUCUUCACAGCAAGGUGCUUUUAAUGUAUGGACAACUGUCUCAGCCCCACAACAUCUAUUAGGAGCUCAGUCUUCUCAGGCCUCACAAAAUUUGUUUAAACCCAAUCAUCAGUUACAUAUUAACUCAGAAACAACUCAUCCUGGAACAAAGAGGCUUGAUGAUCAAAUUGCCCGGGCAGGAGGUAGUGGCCAAUCUGAGUUCCCUGCAGGCUCCGCUAAACCACAAAGAUUUCUUGGAGAAGAGCAACCAUCAAAAGCCCAGCAGGUAUUUUCAGAGAAUGAUGCCUGCCAAAAUUCUUCAACUAUGCAAGGAGACAUUGAAGCUUUUGGUCGUUCAUUAAGACCAAAUAAUGCUUUAAAUCAGAACUAUUCAUUAUUGCAUCAGGUGCAGGCCAUGAAAAAUAUAGAGAUUGAUCCAAGUAAUAGGAGUGUCAAAAGAUUUAAAGGCCCAGACUCUGGUUUGGAUGCUGAGCAGGUAGGUUCCCAAAGCGCAGAGCAAUUAUCUUAUGGAUCUGAUACUAUGAUGAGAGAUGCCGCAGUUAACCAUACGUUAGUUCCUUCCGGAGAUUCUAAGAUGCUAAGCUUUUCAUCAAACACUGGAGAUAACAAUGAGAUGCAGUUAUCUUCUAAUGAUAUGCUGGCAUUUUCUCAGAAUGAUUCCCAGCAUUUCCCCAAUGCUAAUAAUUCAGCUACUAAUCUCAGGGGUGAACACUCUCAGGUCAGUCCCCAGAUUGCUCCAUCCUGGUUUGAUCGGUAUGGGACGUUUAAAAAUGGGCAAAUGUUGCCUAUAUACGAUGCUCGGAAACUUGCCAUGAUGAAGGCUACAGAAAAAGCAUUCAUUGUUGGUAGGCCUUCUGAAAGUUUGCAUGCUCUUCCUUCAAGUGAGCAGGUUAAUGCUGCUGCUAAUGCUAGUGUGCUGGGUAAUGCCCAGCAAAGCUCAAACCUCAUGCCCAUAGGAAGCGAUCAUAUCUCCCCUCAUUCGCUGGGUCCUGAUAUCACAAAUCAUAAUUUGGUUGUUGUAAGAACAAAGAAGCGUAAAAGUAUGACAUUUGAGCUUCUACCAUGGCAUAGAGAAGUGACACAGGGUUCUCAAAGGCCUCAGAAGAUGAGUGUGGCAGAAGUGGACUGGGCGCAUGCAUCAAAUCGAUUGAUUGAGAAGGUUGAAGAUGAACCUGAAAUGAUUGAGGAAUGGCCGCCAGUACUUAGAUCAAAAAGAAGGCUUAUGUUGACAACGCAGCUUAUGCAGCAACUACUUUGUGCUCCUCAAAGAGUAGUUCUUUCCACGGAUGCAGGCAAAAACUAUGAGACUGUAGCCUAUUUUGUAGCCAGAUCAGUCUUAGGAGAUGCAUGCAGCACAGCACAUAUACCUGAAAGUGAUACUGCUGUUCUUCCUGACAGUGGAAGCAUCCUUUCUGAAAAGAUUAAGGAGACAAAUGAGUCUAUCUUAAAGGCUGCAGAAGAGUUUAUCAUCAGAGCAAAGAAGCUGGAAAACGAUUUACAGAGUCUGGACAAGAGAGCCUCAAUCUUGGACUUAAGAGUGGAAUGUCAGGAUCUAGAGAAGUUUUCUGUCAUCAAUCGAUUUGCCAAGUUCCAUGGACGGGGGCAAGCUGACGGGGCUGAAAGCUCAUCAUCCUCUGAUGCAAUUGCUGCUUCUCACAAAUUGUUCCCCCAGAGAUAUGUUACUGCACUACCGAUGCCUAGGAAUCUCCCUGAUAGGGCCAUUGACGUCAUUCUUGAGAAACAUAUAGGUCGGUCUUUGUACACUUGUUUGCAAAUGUUUAGAAGAAAGUGAGGUGAAGUGCCCCGUGAUUUUUGGGUAAAUGGGGAGAACAGAAGAAGCUUAUUCUGAUAUUUCAACAGAUGCAUUCCAUUCAUAAGUAAAGGGUUUUUACUUGAACUCGAGUUUACCUUCAUAUAAUUAUUAUAUUUAGUAAGUUGAGUUCGGAAUUCAAAUUUUAAUAUUUAUAAUUUUUUUAAUUUUUUCCUAGCCAAUCUCUUAUAUGUUAAAAGGGAUUUUACCCUUCUCAUCUUCUCC